UAUGGUGGAAAAAGAGGGGGAGGGUCACUGUCGGGUUCCAUAGUGGUGAGGAGAGCCGUCAGGAAAUAGGACAUCUAGCCGGGACUCGAUUGAUUAGAAGGGCAUUUUGAGGAGAAAAAGUGGGGAUUCCUGCCCCCUCCACCAACACCAUGGUCAUGGCAUAUUUCUUGGAGAAUUUUUGGGGUGAAAAGAACAGUGGCUUUGAUGUGCUGUACCACAAUAUGAAACACGGACAGAUAUCAACAAAAGAAUUAUCUGAGUUUAUCAGGGAGAGAUCAACAAUAGAAGAAGCAUAUUCACGGUCCAUGAGCAAACUAGCAAAGUCUGCAAGCAAUUUUACACAGCUUGGCACGUUUGGACCAGUAUGGGAUGUCUUUAAAAGUUCCACAGAAAAAUUAGCUGGGUGUCAUCUAGACCUUGUGAAAAAGCUACAGGAACUUCUUAAAGAAGUACAGAAAUAUGGGGAUGACCAGAUUAAAGCUCAUAAAAAGACAAAAGAGGAAGUAUCUGGAACCUUGGAAGCUGUACAAAACAUUCAGAAUAUUACCCAAGCUGUCCAGAAAGCAAAGGAACUUUAUAAUGCCAAGUGUGUUGAACAAGAGAGGUUAAAAAAGGAAGGUGCAGCACAAAAGGACAUUGAAAAGGCAGCUAUUAAAGCAAAGAAAGCUACGGAGAGUUAUAAACUUUGUGUGGAAAAGUAUGCAGCCGUUAAAUCUGAUUUUGAACAGAAGAUGGCAGAAACUGCUCAGAAAUUUCAAGACAUUGAAGAAGUGCAUCUGAUUCGUGUAAAAGAAAUAAUAGAAAGUUUCUCUCAUUCGGUCAGCGAAAUCCAUAUUCAAAUAGGCCAGGUGCAUGAAGACUUCAUAAAUAACAUGGCUAAUAUAACUGUUGAUAGUUUGCUACAAAAAUUUGCAGAGUCUAAAGGCACUGGCAAGGAAAGGCCCGGUCCAAUUGAAUUUGAAGAGUGCAAUGCUGCUAGUGCAGUGGAAGGGAUGAAACCAAGAAAACGUAAGACUUUUGGUUUACCUGGAAUAAUAAAAAAGGAAAAGGAUACAGAAUCUGUGGAGUGUGCAGAUACUGAUUCUGUUAGUCUUCCUACAGUUGACGAAGAAGGGUUUAGUAUUAAACCAGAAAACGAGGAUUAUACCAAAGAAAAUAAUUUCUAUUCCUCAAGUGAUUCUGACUCUGAAGUUGAGCAAAAGAAAAUCCAUAUAGAGAUCAAACCUGUGCAGCCAAACAGUGGAACUCACCACACAAUAGCCUCUUUGGAUGAGCUUAAAGUAUCAAUAGGAAACAUCACCCUUUCUCCAGCUAUCUCAGCACAACUGACCCGCAAUUCUUCAAGUGAAGAAUUAUCCAAGACAAAACAGCCAGCAACACAUGAAAGAGUUAACAGUGAUCUUCUUGCAUGGGAUCCGCUUUUUGGUUCCUCCCUUGAGACAUCCUCUCUCUCCUCGUCAAGUUCCACAGCUGCACAAAAGGAGCACUCUUGGAGCUCCACUCACUCUCCCACAGAUUUUCCCUCAAGUUUAGUGUCUGAGUUAUUUGACUGUUUCUCAAAUUUUAACUCUGGAGAUAAAGCACACUCGGAAUAUGGCAACAAUUUUAUGCAUAACUUUGACACAAUAAAACCUGAGACCUUAGAACCUACCUCAUUGCAGUCUCAAAAGACUUGGGAACCCUUUAAUGAGAACACUAAGCAGCUGCUCUAUGGAAAUCGCAAGCGACUUCAGAAAUGUCAUCAUUUUGAGAAUGUUGACAAUAUCAGAUAUUUUUUGUCUGAAAGAUCUCAGAGGAACUGUGCUUUUGAAGCAAGUAGUAGUGUGUCUAAUGCCAAUUAUUUCUCUGAUAAUGUGUUUAUUGAAGAAAACUCAAACACGUCUUCCAGGUCUUCAAAAUCUUCAUCUUUAUACUCUAGCUUAAUGUCUUCAGUCCAUAUAAACAAUGUGUCCCCUCCUGCACGCCCUACUACGCCACUUUCUGUAGGCACCAUUGUUCCACCACCAAGACCAGCAUCAAGACCAAAGCUAUCCGCAGGGAAACUUAGCGGAAUAAAUGAAUUGCCACGACCGUUCAGUCCUCCAUUAACAUCUAACACUAGUCCACCUCCCUCUGCUUCUUUGCCUCGUGCAGAAAGCUCCUCUUCAAUAUCAUCUUCUGCUUCAUUAAGUGCAGCAAAUACGCCAACCAUCGGCAUAUCCCGUGGUCCCAGCCCGGUCACCCUUGGAAACCAAGACACCUUGCCUGUUGCCGUGGCUUUGUCUGAGUCUGUCAAUGCCUACUUUAAAGGAGCAGACCCUACAAAAUGCAUUGUGAAGAUAACUGGUGACAUGACAGUUUCAUUUCCAAGCGGGAUUAUUAAAGUUUUUACAAGCAACCCCUCUCCAGCUGUGCUUUGCUUCCGGUUAAAGAACACCAGCAAGCUUGAGCAGAUCCUACCAAAUACACAACUUUUAUACAGUGACCCAUCGCAAAGUGACAAUAAUUGCAAAGAUUUUUGGAUGAAUAUGCAAGCCGUCACUUCCUACCUCAGGAAACUCUCCGAACAGAAUCCAGCAGCCUCAUACUAUAAUAUAGACAUACUAAAAUAUCAGGUUUCAUCUAAUGGAAUCCAGUCCACUCCUUUGAAUCUUGCAACCUACUGGAAAUGCACUUCUAACACGACUGAUGUUAGAUUAGAUUACAAAUAUAAUCCAGAGUCCAUGGCUGUUCCCAAUGUACUAUCUAAUGUACAGGUUGUAGUUCCAGUUGAUGGAGGCGUAACAAGCAUGCAGUCACUUCCUACUGCAGUGUGGAAUCCUGAACAAAUGAAGGCAUUGUGGCAAAUAUCAGGAAUUUCUGAAAAAUCUGAAAAUGGAGGAGCUGGAUCCCUCCGAGCGAAAUUUGUCCUAUCAGAGGGACCUAGCAAUCCAAGCACACUUGCAGUACAGUUUGUUAGUGAUGGGGGAAUGCUUUCUGGAGUGGACAUUGAGCUAGUGGGUACAGGUUAUCGACUUUCUUUGGUAAAGAAAAGGUUUGGCACAGGAAAAUAUAUGGCAGACUGUUGAUUUUUUCCCCCUCCAUAAUCGUGGGAUAUACACAGAACAGCCUUCCUGUUAAUUUAUAGAAAAUGUUCCACAUGCUGUUUUAAUUAAUUAUAGAUAUAUAUUUUUAUCUUUGAAUUAUUUAGAAGAUAUGUCUAUAUUGCUGCCAACUUCAAAACUAGAAAUGCACUUUUUAAUGAGUCAUUUUGUUGUAACCUUUAUUUUACAAUGAUGUAGCACUGAAAUUUUCAUCAGUCUUGAUUUUAUAUAUAUAUAUAUAUAUAUAUAUAUAUUUAUAUAUAUUAUAUAUAUUUGCUUUUUUAUAUUCAGGCAAAUGUGUAAGAGUGUAUUACAACUUGCAUACACAGCUCUUCCUUUUGUCAGAAAGUAUAAAAUAUUAAAUUCGUAUCCAAAAGUUGCAAGAGCAAUCAAAUAUACAUAUAUACAACAUUGUUUUGUUUUUUUAAUGUAAAUAGAUGUUUAAAAUGCAUCAGAUAAUGAAAUCCCAGACAGUUUUCAGUCUCUAUAAAUCAUUUGAAUUAAUAUCCACUUUCCACUUGCUACAAAACCAAUGAUUCUUAUUUGUCCCCAAUAUUACCAAAAGGGCAGACGUUUUCUAUAAAAUCGUUGAUGAAUCUAAGAUGUUUAUUACAAAAAUAUGAAUCUUGGAUUUUUAUGAUAAAAUAUUAACUGUAAGUGCAAUGUAUUUGAAAAUAUAUAUAUAUAUAUAUGUAUAUGGCAACUGAUUGUGUAGUUUUGUAACGUUAGAUCACUUCUGGAUCAAGUCCUGUAAAACUGGUAAAUUUUAUGAGGUUUAACAUCUGUGCCUUUUUUUACGCCCAAUCUUGUAAUUUUAGUGUUAAAUGUUUACUCUAUCUCCAUUUAUGAAAUAUGAGGGUUAUUUAAUUCAUUUAUGGAGAUUAACAUUGGAUUAUUCUCUUUGAUCUACCAACAAAUUAUUGCACAUUAUUAUACUUGAUAUGAAAAGUGACCUCAUCUAAAGAUAAUAAUCGCGACAGGUAAUUUGUAAAUUGUUCUAUGUGCAUUCAUUAGAAAAAAAACACUUAAUCACUGUCUCCUUAGCGAUUUUAUUAAAAACACUACUAUUAAACCAUAUCACAGCAGUGAUUCUUUGAAUUGAAGUGUAAAAAAAUACAUUGCUAAAUUCUUUUUUUAAGUAAAUAUCUAACUCUUUAAAAUGUAAAUCAUUUAAUAAUCACAUAUUAAGAUUGAAAAUUCUACCAAGAACACGUCUUGUGUAGUUGAUAUUUAAAUUUUGCAUAUAACACAAUGUUUAAUGCUGUAUUUUACAUGUCAGAAUGAAUCAUCUGUUUAAGAGAAUGCAGCAUGUGUUCCCAUUUAAGCAAUACCUAUCAGAAUCUAAUUUGAUAAGUAAAAAAUAAAAUAGGCAAUCUAAAAAUCCCUUGGCAUCUUGUACAGGCUUAUGUUAUAGCGCUGUGCAAGCUUGUUCUUUACCAUUUAACGUAUUGUUCUCAAAUAAAAAAUGCUUAUGUAUGUUUUCUGCCCACACCAAAUUAGCAACACAUCCCUUUACCUAAAUGCAUCCGGUUAUUUAACACUAAAUAAAGAAGCUUGCCCCUCAGCUAUGAAAUACAAGAUUACCAUGAAGAGGUGCUGUUAGGUGCAACUCAUUUUUUUUACGUUUUGUAAAAGUCUCUUCUGUUUUGUUUUUACUGAAAACAUUCUUCUGAAAAAAAGCAUUGUAUAAGCUAUGUUUGAUGAUCCUAUUCCAAUGGUUUAUACAAAGAUACUUAAACCACUAUGACUGUUUCUUACUAAAAUGCACAGUUUUGAUUACACUAUAAAUGUCUGAAUACAGCGAUGUAUACAUUUCCACUACUACUACUAGUGGGAAUUUUUUUUAAUAUACUAGGUUAUUUUAAACACAAAUCCGUUUAAGCAAUAAGGCAAAGCAAUAUUGAUCCAUUUGGAUGGCAACAUUUUUAUAUAAGGCUUUUCUUAAACAGAUUAAAAAGCUAACAGUAUCAGGUAUCACUAUUGUAAUCUGUUUUGCAAUCAAAAUGGUGGCUAUUAGGCACAUUUCUAAACCUGCUUCUAUAUAAAUAAUAUAGUUGUUUAUGUACGUUUCAGCACUUUUAAGCUCCCUUUGGUGUUAAGUAUUCAUAAAUACAUUAGUAAUAAGAACAGGUGACUAUUGAAGCCAUACCAAUUUAUAUGGGAUUUUUCACUAGUAAAUUAAUUAACUUGAUCUACAAGUCGAUACUGGUAUCUGACAAUUGAUGUAUUCUGCAAGCUGGUUCUUGCUUCUGUAUACAUUAUCCUUUGUAACUGCCUCUUUACACAAUGAAUUUUAAAAACACUGAAAGCUAUUACGUACCUAAAUUUUUAUUGAAUGUUUUUACUUUUGUCUGUAAAUUAAAACAAGUUUAUCCUGCAAAAAAAUCUGUAAAUAUUUUUGAUUUUUUUUUUUUUCAUAAUGUACAUUUUACAAAGUUACAUAUGUAAUUAACAUGUAAUAUAAUAUAUUUACAAAACAAA